AUGGCUGCAGAAGUAGCAGCAAAAUCAAGAGCAGCAGCAGCAGCAGCAGCAGCAGCAACAAGCCCAGCAGCUGCAGCAGCAGCUGUUGGGCUUGUUGCUGCUGCUGUUGCUGCCGCUCUUGAUUCACAAUUGAAGCAAGCAGCCACACUAGCAAACAGCGGCGACAGAGGCGCCAGCUGCAGCAGCUCCCUGUGCCUGAUCUGCAGCACAGCAGCUCGCGCAGCAGCAGCAGCAGCGGCAAAGAUUGCUGCAGCAGCAUCUACUGCAGCAACAGCAGCAGCAGCAUCCAUAUAUGCAGCUGUAACUACAGGAGCCGUAGCUGCUGCUGCACUAACACAAGCUGCGGCAGCAGCAGCAGCAGCAGCAGCAACCGUCACAGUAACAGCAAACGCUGCAGCAGCAGCAGCAGCAGCAACCGUCCCAGUAACGGCAAACGCUGCAGCAGCAGCAGCAGCAGCAGCAGCGGCAGCAGCAGCGGCAGCGUUAGGAGCAGCAGCAGCAACAACCGUCACAGCAACGGCGAACGCCGCCGCAGCAGCAGCAGCAGCAACCGUCACGGUAACGGCGAACGCAGCAGCAGCAGCAGCAGCAGCAACCGUCACGGUAACGGCAAACGCAGCAGCAGCAGCAGCAGCAGCAGCAGCAGCAAGUCCUCAGCGUUCAAGGCAGCAACAAACUCGACGAUGA